AUGGUGCGUGUCACGGACGAGGUGCUUCUCUCGGCAGAGCACCUCACUCUCUACCAUGCCUCGGAUCCUCUUCUCGGGCACCAGCCAAUUCUUAUCUUCCACGGACCGUCAACGACUGCCAAUUAUACCCUGAAUAGCUCUCGAGUCCAGGUUCAUGUCUUUACUCCCGCCGGGUGCCAGUCUUUCCCCCGGCUUACUAUCUCACCAAACUCUCCAUUCUACUCCGUCGUCAACUACCUCCCCCGUGAGUUCCAGGGCGACGAGGUCUACCGAGGGCUCGCCUUUGGUCUAUUCAAAUAUUUCACUGAGCUCCCCGAUGGCGUCAAAAAUUACCUGAAGAAUUUAUACCCCACCAGAGGACGACGGCCCGGCAGCGCACCGGCGUUAUUCGGCGAUCAGCAUGCGGCAGAUCUGGUGGCCUCCAUGGUAACGAGCGAGAACGGUUCCGAGGUGAUCUCUGUCCUCCAGGAAGCGCUCCAGACGCAGCAUCUCAACAAUGUGGAUGUUGACCUGGUUCUACCUCCGGGCGCAAUUGUUCCCCUGCAGCCCGAGGACCUGGAGGAGGUGCCAGAUGAUGAAGACGGUCUCUUCGACCCCACGCUGCGUCAGUAUGGAGGGUAUACUCCACUUGUCAAGGUAUUCGGAGAUCCUGUGUUUCUGCCGACAAGCAAACUUAGACGAGCGCCCUCGAAACCGACAGCGUUGAACCGAAAUAAAUCUUUCACCAAGGAUCAGAAGUCCGAGUUGCGAAUGAAGCUGAGUGAACUGGUUGAUACGGAAGACCGCUAUGUACACAAACUGGGGGAGUUGGUCCAGCACAUUGCAAAUGACUUUCGUGAGUCUGCAAAGAAACGGGCCCCGGAGAGUUUAAGUCCGUCAGAAGAGGAGCUUGAGAGACUAUUCCCCAGGUCUGCGGAUAGUAUUCUUCAGAUGAACUCGGGUUUCAGAGACGAGCUGAAGAGAAUCAUGGAUGAGACGGAAGAUGAGGCAUGCAAAGACAUGGAGGUUUCUACAGUCAACUUGCUGGGCUCGAAGCUGGGCUCAAGCGGCCGACACAGGGACCCCACUGGCGCCCUUGCCAUUGCCCGGUUGUUCUUGGAGUGGUUCCCUAAGUUUACUGGAUGUUACCAGGACUACAUCAAGGCAAGCCAGCAUUUCCCGACUCUCCUUAACUCCUUCCUCGACCAGCAGUCAAGCUUCAAGCAGAGGGUGGCUCAGAGAGGAGAGCAGGCCAUGCGCUCGAUUCUCAUCGAGCCAGUUCAGAGGCUCCCGAGAUACAGCCUGCUCAUCGAUCAAAUUGUCGGGUGUCUCCCAAUUACGCAUCCUGCGCUACAGCCUAUGCUCAAGGCCAGGGAUAUUAUUACGAACAUCUGCUCCAUGGACGAGCCCUUGCCGGACAAGCCCCAUAUCGCCAGCCGAUUACGCAAUAUGGUUGAAUCGUGGCCCAUGGAUCUUGAACCCCAAGGGCGGUUGAUCUUAGCCGCUGAUUUCAUCGAAGUCCCACCCCCAUUCCAAGCGUCAUCGAAUGUAUCUGACAAACCAGGCAUUUUCCUCUUGUUCUCUGACUGUAUUGUUAUCCUGAAGCGGGUGAGUGGCACAAUGUCCGGACGUGACUUGGUUAGAGAAAUUGAGAAACCAUCCGCUGCUGGCUUGUUAAUAUCAAUGACCAACGCCGCGGGUGGCCCAGCCAACUAUGAGUUCGUCUUCACUGGUUGGCAUAGUCUUGCCGAUGCCCGAUUUAGCGAGUCCGCCGAUGGAUCGUUAGUCUGGAUGACAUCCACCCAGGAUAUGAAAGGCGCUCAUGCUGGUGAGCACCGCAUUAGCAAAGCUGUUACCUCACGGUGCUUCCUCCUCGCGGAGAGUAUGGAGGGAAAGGCUGCUAAAUGGGGAGAGGAUGUUGUAAAGGCCCGCGUCGAGGCACGAUUCUCUGAAGCUGAGCGAGAGGACCCAUGCUGGACGCUGCGGUCCACACGCAUGCCCGAUAGCAAUCUUGGUCUGCACGCUGCAGUAUUCCAAGAAGGUGCCCACCAGCUCGUUGAAGGCCGCCGAGAACCUGCACCAAUCCGCGUGGUGGUUGACAACGAGAAGGGCACUAAGGGGGCACCCGUGGGUCAUUAUGGCGUUGAGAUUGUUGUCGAGGUUAGGAGUAACGAUAUGAAGCGGGUGUCGAUGACCACUGUCGGCCUGAAUGGAAAGGAAUUCCAGGACGACAUUGCGAUCGAGGACUUCUUGCCAACACUCUCGCGGCGAAUUAUUCAACUCCUUAGCAUCCAGUUCAGUGUUUCCAACAUGCAGCUUACGGCCGCGAUGGUCUCGUACUACUCGAAAACUCUUCGGCAGCUCCCUCUGGCCACUCGCGCUGAAAAGACUCGUUCUUUCCUUGCGACAUCCCCAGUCAAAAUCUUCUCGAGCUUCUGGGCUGGGGGAUCGAGCCAGACUCAAAACGGCGGGGAGCUUUCGACGUCGGGUUCCAGGAGCGGACGUCCUCUGUCUAUUCAUCGCAACAACAGCCAGCACUCAUUCCUUAGCUCUCUCGGUUCCCUUCGAGGCAAAGACGGCGAAAAGAUUGCAACCGAGGAGAUUCGUCCAGAGAAUCCUCUUGUCCGUCUUGAGCGGACCUUUGUCGGCUACGUCGCUGCUCUGCAGUCUCGCAAGGGCCUCAUUAUUGGACGUACGCUGUUAAACCGUGCCAUGACGGACGAACUCGUUGUCAACGACUUUUAUAAUAAGUUGAUCGAGAUGCCUUAUGAGAUUGAGGCCACUUCAGAGCUUGUCUCAACUGAGGUCAUAUUUGUAGCCUUCGAGAAGUUCCUCAGAAUUGCCUGGACUGAGCAAAUGGGGCCUGUCAUGUCCAUGCAGUCGAUGAACACACUCCAGGAGCGUGCCAACAAGAAGGUUCCUGGAGAGUUUGCUGAUUUUGUCAACUUCUUGUUUGGAGAUAUGGCGCCACAGAAUCGGAGAGCCUUCACUUCGAUGAUCAAGCUCCUCGCUGAUCUGUUGGAUGGAUGCGGGAAUGACAGCGAUCGAGGGGCAUUGACUCUUGCAUUCUCCGAGCUUCUAGUAUAUGAUGGAUCUGCUCCCAACUACAUCAACUUGCUUGACCGGCUGGUUGAAGACUGUGACCGUAUUUUCGAGGAGCCAAGUCUAAAUCACAGCUUUAACCUCGGCAGCCAGGCGUAUGAGUCCAUCAACUCAGCUAUCCGAGGAAAUAAGUCGUACACGGGAUCCGUCACUUCAAACACCUCGUCAUUGCGACGGAAAUUCGGGUUUGAUACCUUGCUUCGCCAGAAUAGCAAGGACGAGCGUUCAUCUGUCUGGCGAACAUUGAGCAAGCAUCGGAAUCCUGCUACUGGCGAGACAUCGACUCUUACCCGGACACCAGUAGGCCGCGCUGAGACGAUGGAUGAUGGCGCGUUAUCCAAGAGGAUGCUUCGGCGUCCGGGAUCUCGCGAUCGACCUCCCAUUGCCGGGGCUUUCGACGAAGCUGCUCGUCCUCCAAGCUCCUACCGGCUGGACUUUUCGCUGAGCACAAUCGGCGAGCCUGAUAAUGAUGAUAUGGGGACAGUCCGACCCAAGAAGAAGCGCCGGAGCUCUCUGUCAGAUCUCAAGAGUCUCAUGGCCGCGGCCACGCUGACCGACGAUCAAGAGCAAGAGGCAGCAGCUGAGCCCGAGCCGCAGCCGCAACCGUUGCAAGACACGAAACAAACAUCAGAAAAGUUUAAUUCCAGCCCAAGAAGCCCCAAAGCACCGUCACCUUCAAGGAUUCCGAUUAGUAGUCCCAGCGCAUCCCAAGCUCUCCGGUCGCCAAGGCAGAAAGAAAAUGUUGUGGAUCUGUUCCAGGGUGUGGCUCCUUCGGAGGGGUCCCCUGUCAAACGGGAGUCCCCCUCCAAGCACCGGCACUCCAAGACACUCUCCACUUCCAACAUACCUACGCUGAGACCGGCCAGGUCAGGGAACUCAGGAGCCGACUCGCCCACGCGCCUUGGCUCGUCGAGCCGUACACGCUCCCCUCAAAGGCUGCGUCUGCAAUCGCCACAGAAAUUGCGCGAACGACUGGCGACGGAAAAGAAGGCGCUGGAAGAGGUCGACACGGCGCUCAGGUCCGAGCUCUCAAAGAUAGGAGAAGAAAUGGCACGUGUUAACAAUGCCAGCCUCUCUAACUCCCAGGGCGGCGCGGAUCUCGGACGCUUGGUGAACAGUAUCAAGGCCCUGGAGGCCAGGAUACCCGCUGCCAUGCUGGAGCUCGGGGACAAGCAGUCCUCCCUCCAGCGGGACAUGGACAACACUGUCAAGGCCUCGGAGGCCAAGGUCAAGGCUAUCGACCAGCUCUACAAGGAGUCCGUGGCCGAGAACGAGCUUCUCUAUGAAAGGUUCAACGGAGAGCUGGGCAAGAUUGUCCGCGCCGUCAAGGGCAAGGGCAAGGAGGACAGGGAGGAGCUGAUGGAGAAGCUCAAGGAUCAGAGCGAGGAGACGGCUCGGAUGAAGAAGGAGAACGCGAGACUCAAGAGAGAAAUGGUGAGCCUGCGGGCGGCGCUGAAGGGGACGGCCGAAUAA